GUAAACGUCCACGCCCAACCCGUCCGACCCACCCCUUUCUCGAUGUCCAAUUCGCUUGAAGCUGCAUCCGUUAGGAGGAUCUCUCUGCUGAUUGGCUUAUUGUUUUUCCCUGGCCGAAAGUUACUCAAAGACGAUUCGCCAAAGAGAGCAAUUGAGAUUAUCACAAGGAAGGGGGAAAAAGGGGUUGCGAAGGAAGAGGUAAAACAAGAAACGUUUGGGUGAAAAAUGUCACUAGACUUUGACAGUGCAGCUUUGCAGAUGCAACAGGAUGAAGAAGAAUAUGACCAGGAGGAUUACAUGAGGGAACAAGAGUUGCAGAAACUACUGACAGACCUUCCCCAUGACAUGCUGGAAGACAGUGGAGAUCACCUCUCCAACUUCUCCGACUGUAGUGCAUCUAAGGAGCAUGAGCAAGUACAUGAAAGCUGGGAUCAGGAAGCCAGAUGGAAUGAUCAUCCAACUACAGCCAACCCACAAAAUGGCCUGAACUUGUAUGCUGAGCACUUCCUCUAUGAUCAUGGUAACAUCCAAGGUGAAAUGCAUGCCAGUGAGUGGCCUGACCACCGUGGUGCGGAUGAAGAAAGAAAUAUGUACGAGAUCUCUGGCAGAGCCAGUGAUGACGGGUCAGACGACGUAUAUCUUGGAGGAGAUGGCUACCAAGCACAAAACCACCUCCCCCAGGAUAAUGCAUAUCAUCUUCCAGAAAACUUUAGACUGCCCUACACAAAUGGCCACCAGCAGGAUUUUAGUAACCAGCACAAAACAGCAAACUUUGUGGAUGCCAAGAAAGAACACUUGAAGUUCGGCACUUCAGAGACUACUAAUAGCCAAGCUGUGGAACCUUACAAAGUAAUCUAUAAACCCUACCAGAAUAAUAUCCAGAAAACAGUUGCCAUUUCUCCGGACACCACUAGAAGAAUAGAGGCAUUUGAUGAUCUGCAACAGGAAUUUCUAGGGACUGGUGAGAAUGCUUCAGACAAUGUGCAGAUUCUCCAGCUUCAGGUUCUUAACAAGGCAAAAGGGAGGCAGCUGGAAGAACUUAAUAAACAACUGGAAGAGAGAGCACAGCAGAUUAGGUAUCUGUCUCAUCAGCUUUCGAUUGUCAAAGACGAAAAGGACGGCAUGUGCCUUAGUCUCCAGGAAAGUCAAAAACUCUAUCAAGGCGGCAAAGAAAGGGAAGUUCAGCUUGAAGGCCAAAUAAAAGCCCUUGAAGCACAAAUUCAAACUCUAGCGGCCAAUGAGGAGAAGCUCAUCAAACAAGCCAAGGUAGCAGAGACAGCCAUGGAGAGCACACAGCAGCAGCUCAUGGAGCUCCGGCGCUCCGAGGCUCUUCAGCGCACCAGAGAGCAGCACGAGGCCAUCGUUGCCGCCCUUGAGCAAAAGUGCGAAGAGCAGGUUGUUUCGUUGCAGGAGAAGCUGAAUGCCAGGUGCUUGGAGCUGCAGGAGCAGACAGAACUCUGCUGUCAUCUAAGGGCACACAUGAAGCAACUUGAAAGAACCCUAGAAGAAAGCAAAUUAGAAAAAAAUGCAAUAAUCAAUCAGCUCUCAAGAAGCCUAGAAGAAAGCCAAAAUCAGUGCGCAAACUUACUGCAAACAGGUUUGGUGCAGGAGACGCAUCAGUUACGCCUGCAGCUUCAGCAAGCCCAGUCAGCACAGCUGAUAAGUAAUGAAAUGAAUCAGGCUCUGCAGGAAGAACUAAAGGAACUGAAAGAAGAGCUAGUUUUGUAUGAAUCUGCUGCAAAACAUGGUGUAUAUCUCAGUGACCCAGGAGGAAAAUUAAAUGUAGACAUGACUGAGUCUUAUGUGGACUUGGGCAUUAAGAAGGUCAAUAAGAGAACCAGACUUCACAGCGAUGCACAGAAUAAAGAAGUGGAUAAAGAACUCUGUAAGGAUGAAAUCAUCUUGGAGCUGAAGGCAGAAAUGGAGCGUUUACUGAGCAGUAACAAGGCAAAGAGGGAUCGGGUUUCUCAGCUCCAGAAUAAUCUCAAAGAGUGCCAGAGGAUGAUAGCAGAGCUGAAGCAGCUGGUAAAAACCAAUGGGCAAGAGGCUAAAGGAAGAAAUAUAGAAAGUCCAUCAGAUGUCUUACAGUCCAAAAUAUCUGCUAGUGAAAAUAAUCUUAAAGAAGACGUUAUGAGGCUCCAGAAGGAAAACCAGGCUUUACAGCAAGCAGUUGAGAGCCAAAGUGCACGUAUUCAGGAACUUGAAGAAAAUGAGGAAAAGCUGAAAAAAGCAAAUCAGGACCUUUGUAGUCAAAUGAGACAGAUUGUUCAGGACUUUGAUCGCGAUAAACAAGAAACCAUUGACAGGUAUGAGAGAACCUAUCGGCAACAUUAUGAAGACAUGAAGAAAAAGUAUUAUGAAGAUCUUGUGGAAGAACACAGUGCAGAAAAGGAAAAACUCAUCCGUGCCUAUGAUGAGAACGUUGCACAGUUAAAAGCUGAAAUUGACAGGGUGAACAAGGAGAUGCUGACAGUAAAGGAAUGUUACAUCACAGUCUGCCGAGAGAAGGAUGAACAGGAGGCUGCUCUGAAGGGAAGGUUUGACCGAGAGCAACAACUGAAGGAAGAGAAUUUGAAGAAUCAGCUACUGGAGGAAAAAGAAAAAGCCUUGAAUAGUCUGAGGGCUGAGCUUGAAGAAACGUUCAAGAACUCUGUCCUGACAGCCAAGGCCCAGUGGCAGGAAGAAAAAGAAGCUGAUAUGAAACGGCGGGUUGAGAAUGAAGUAGAAACUGCUAAAGCAUGCUGGGAGAGAGAACACAAAGAGUCCACAGACCAAGCUAUUUGGGAAGUUGAAAAAGAAUGGCAGCAUAGACUGAAUCAAGCUGUAGAAGAAGGCAAGAAAACAGUUAUGGAACUCAAAGACUGCUGCAGCCAAACACAGCCAGUGACCAUUACAGAUGAAACGCUGAGCCAGCUGUUGGCUAAGGAAGUUGAGAAGCAGACGUUGACCUUGCAGGAGGCACUGAAAGAAAAAGAAAAGGUCUUGAGAGAGCAUGAAGCAAACUUGGAAAUGAGACAUCGUGAGAACAUUGCGCACCAGGUGGAAGUGGCGCUGACCAAGGCUCAUGCUAGGUGGCUUCAGGAACUGACUGAGCUAGAGGAAUAUAAAACUCAUCUGAAAGCAGCCCAGGAAACAUGGGAGAAGGACUAUGAAGUCAACACCGCCAAGCAGGUAUCUCUGGCUGUUUCAGCAGCUGAAGAGAAAUGGAAGAAGGAGCUUGAGAAUGGCAACCAAACUAGAGUGAGGACCAAAGAGCUGGAAGAGAAGGUCCUUUCCCUCAAACGAGAGCUGGAGCUCAAGAAAGAAGAAAUCCCUGCCAUUGUUAAAGCAGAACUGGCGAAAGCUCGGUCUUUGUGGAACAAGGAAAAACAGGAGGAGGUCCUUGUGAUCCAGGAGCAGAACGAGAAGGAUUAUCGCACCUUCUUACAGGACCACAGGAAUAAAAUCAACGAGUUGCUGGCCAAGGCCAAAGAGGACUUUGCAAAGCAGAAGGCGGAGCUGCUGGAGCAAAAAGAGGCAGACCUGAAGUUGUGCUUGGAGAGGAAGCAGCAGGAAUGGGCGGCUCAGGAAGCCAAGAGGUUCCAAAAUGAAGUUUGCCAGUAUGAAGACCGGACUCUGAUCCAGAUGGAGCUCCUCUUAGAAGAAAUGCACAAGGAUUUAGUUAAAUGUUCAGGGGAUGUGACAGCUUGGCAGGCCAGGUGGCGAAUGGCUCCCCAAGUCCAAAGCAACCUCCGACUCAAAGACAGGCUGAUGCUGUGUCUGCAGAAGGCAUAUAACAGCGCUGUCUCUGCUGUUCUAGAAAAAGCCAAGCAAAAGGGGAACAAGGCACUCGAAGAUUCAGACUAUGAUGUCAAAGGUCCACAGCAUCCUGCCUUGCAGAGUGACGAAGGAGAGACAGGGAAUAAAGCAAGGCCGGGUAUGUAUGAUGUCAGAGAGCAAGUAGAGCUACAAAGAAGGUUAAGGAAGACACCAUCUCUUCAGGAGGCUGACAUGGACAAUGAUUCAAAGUCCCUCUUGUCCCAAGAAGACUUCUGCUGCAAGCACUGUCUUCAGCAGCUUGAAAGAAAGGAGAGGGAAUGCAAAGAUUUGAGAAGGAAACUUGACAAAGCCUGCAGGCAUCUCCAGCUGACGGUGAAGGAGCACAAAGCAAAAGCGGAGCAAUGGAAAGAAAAUGAAAAAAUGAUGCAGACAUUGACAGAGGAAAAUGUUGCAAUGAAGAACCGGCUUGAAGAUAUGAAACCAGGCGGUGUCCAGUCAAGGUCAUUGUCCGAGGCCUAUGCUUCAAAGCCUUGCUCUACCUGUGAUGGAAAAGCCUUGGGAGAAAUGCGUUCCCAAUACAUUAAAGCUGUGGGCAAAAUUAAGAGUGACAUGCUUCGUUACAUCUGCGAAAGUAAAGAGAGAGCAGCAGAUGUUAUUAAAGCAGAAGUGUUGAGGGAACGCCAGGAGACUGCCCGGAAAAUGCGCAAAUAUUAUCUGAUUUGUCUUCAGCAGCUUCUUAAUGAUGAUGGAAAGAACGAAGGGGCUGAGAAGAAAAUAAUCUGUGCCGCUGGCAAACUUGCUACCAUGGCCAAAAUCCUAGAAACUCCAGUGCGUAAUUCAUCGCAGAGCACAGCUGCCCAUUCAGCCCUGUCCUGGAAUUCCAAGCCAUUUGCCGGGGCCGAGGAUCCCAAAGGAAAUCAUUUGCAGCAACCUACACAAGUCCAUGCAGAAGAUCAGGCUGGGGGCAGGAGUGUUGCCCAAAAGGCCAACCAGCAAGUGACUCAGAAACGAAUACCUUGUAGCCUAAGGGAGCGGCUUGAUGCUGAAAGUCCACCUCCUUUGCCUUCCCAUACCCUUCCUAGCAGGAAUUCUUUUAAACAACUGGAUGGUGUUUUGGUAGGUGCAGUAACCUCAGCAGUGGCUUCCCACGGGGACUGGAGUGCAGACAAAGGUCUGUCUCACACUGUUGAUGCUGUGGUGUUCCAGAAUUGUUCCCCUCACAUUUCUCAAACAAAGUUCCAAAAUAUGAAUCCAGCUAGUUGUAGCAAUGGUGGAUCGGACUCUGGGGGACUUCGAGUAUUGCCUCAGAACCAAAAUGAAAGGUCAGUCGUAAAAGAAUUCGGGUGCCUUCAGCCCACCAGGUAUCAGAAGCCAGCUCCUCGCAAAACGAACGGCUUUGAUGUUCUUCAGGAGACUCCAGUAAAGGACGACGGAAGCUCUGCCAAUUGUAGCCUGGUUACUGAGCCUCUGCAUUUGGAAAGCAAUGAUGUGUCUUCAUACCCUGAUCAGAAAGCACAACCUAGCACCCAGGUUGAAUUCUGCCAAAGGUUUCACACAGCAAAACAAUUUCCUCACGCCCAGGAAGGCGCUGCUGGUUUUUACCAGCAUGCCAGCAGUCAAAGAGACAAGGUUCUUGUCACUGCAGACCAAGCCUUAGAUUGCAGCGAAGGCCCUCGGAAGGCGAACCUGGGUCAUGCGCCAUGUCAGAAUGCAGACAAAUCAAGUCCUCCUCAUGCCCAGCAAAGUGAUGCAGUGUCGUGUUUGAAUGUAGGAAGAAGCUACAACUUGCUGCCUUCAAGGAAACGGAUACAUGAUGUGAAGGAUUUUCAGCAGGACAGUGGUUUUGACAGCCCCCAGAUUAAUUUUGAUUAACAUCAGGGGCUCUCUGAACAGUCUAAUAAAAGAGACACUUGAAAUAUAUUUAGGGAAAGUCAUGGAAGGAGCAGGAGAUUGUGCCACAAACUUCUGAGGUGCCUUUUUAUAUUUAUUGCCUUCCUAAUUUGUCUUACAUGAACAAACCGACCCCAAAUAUUGCAGGUUUUGGAUAUGUCUUUGCUAUCUGAUUUAAAUAUGUAUAAGCUGUCUUUUUUAAAAAGAUACAUUUUUGCGUGUGUGUGUAUGUGAAAAAUAAUCUAUUUUUAUACCUGAAAGAUUUUGCAUGCAGUACAAUGCAACCUUUUAUAUUAUUUAUACAGAAAUAAAGCUUUUUUUGUGGUUUGUUUUGUAAA